UGGCAGGACGGUGGCAGCAGUCCCGGGGGUGGCGGAGCCGCAGGAGCGCGGGGCUGUGCCCGGACAUCGGGGCAGAACUGCCGUGGCAGCGCUCGGGACAUAAAUCUCGGCGGGUUUCACCGGCUGUGCCAAGCCCGGGUGGCGCCGUGCCCGGCCCUGCUGAGCCCUGCCAACCUCCGGGAGCCAGGGCGGCUUUUUUGGGGCCUGGCAGCGGUGCCAGCAUGGCUGAGCAGGACCCGGCCACAGGCUGCCCACGAGGGAAGCAGCAGCUGCCAGCUUUCACCUGGGAGGUGAGGGCCAACGACCGCACCUACCACAGGCAGGCCAGGAAGAGAUUUGCCUUCUGCCUGAGCAAGAGGAAAUACUCGGGCAAUGCCAUCCGGACAGCCAAGUACAACGCGCUCACCUUCCUGCCCCUGAACCUCUACGAGCAGUUCCACCGCAUGGCCAACCUCUACUUCGUCUUCGUCAUCCUCCUCCAGACUUUCCCCGAGAUCUCCACGCUGCCCUGGUACACUCUGCUGUUCCCCCUGAGCUGCCUCCUCAUCAUCCGGGGGCUGCGAGACCUCAUCGAUGACAUUGGCCGUCACCGCAGUGACAGGAGCAUCAACAGCAGGCCCUGUGAGAUCCUGGCUGGCAGGAGGUUCUGCUGGCAGGAGUGGCGCGACAUCUGCGUUGGGGACAUCGUGCGGCUGCGCAAGGACAGCGUCGUCCCGGCUGACCUGCUCCUGCUGCGCAGCUCCGAGCCCAGCAGCCUGUGCUACGUGGAGACCGCUGACAUUGAUGGGGAAACCAACCUGAAGUUCAGACAGGCCCUUCUGGUCACCCACCAGGAGCUGCAGAGUGAGGAGAGCAUGGCUGCCUUUGAUGGGCGGGUGACGUGCGAGGAGCCCAACAGCCGCAUGCACGCCUUCACGGGCGCCCUGCGCUGGCGGGGCCGCAGCCACGGCCUGGACGGCGAGCGCAUCCUGCUGCGGGGCUGCCGCCUCCGCAACACCGCCCUCUGCUACGGCCUGGUGCUCUACGCAGGGUUUGAUUCCAAAAUCAUGAGGAACUCCGGGAAGAUCAAGAGGAAGAAAACCAAGCUGGACCACCUGAUGGACCGGCUGGUGAUCGUGAUCUUCCUGCUGCUGUUGGUGACAUCCCUGGGCCUCGCUGUGGCCUCUGGGUUCUGGGCCAGGACGUUCCAGGAGAAGCACAGCUACCUGGCUGCCCUCUACCAGCACACAAGCCCUGCCCAGCAGGCCUUCCUCAACUUCUGGGGCUUCACCAUCCUCCUGAGCAUCAUCAUACCCAUGUCCAUGUACAUAACGUUUGAAUUCAUCUACCUGGUGAACAGCUGUUUCAUUAACUGGGACCUGGAGAUGUAUUAUGGUGCCAAGGACAUCCCAGCCGAGGCCAGGAGCACCAGCCUCAGCGACCAGCUGGGCCAGAUCCAGUACAUCUUCUCGGACAAGACGGGCACCCUGACCCAGAACAUCAUGAGCUUCAAGAAAUGCUGUGUCAACGGGACCAUCUACGGUCCAGGCACAGGCCAUGAGAACAAACAGCCACUGGGCUCGGGGCUGGGCCAGGAGCACCCCGGGGAGCAGAACUCGGAUGUUUGCGAUGUGACGCUGCUGGAAGCCGCCCAGAGGGACGAUGACCCGGUGCUGAGGGAGUUCCUGAGGCUGCUGGCCCUCUGCCACACCGUCAUGGUGGAGGACAGGGGCGACCAGCUGGUUUACCAGGCAGCCUCCCCAGAUGAGGAAGCGCUGGUGUUGGCAGCCAGGAACUUGGGCUACGUCUUCCUGGCCCGGACUCAGGACUCCAUCACCAUCAGGGAGCUGGGCAGGACCAGGACGUACGAGGUGCUGGCCAUGCUGGACUUCAACAGCGACCGCAAGAGGAUGUCUGUCCUGGUGCGAGACCCCCAGGGCACCAUCCGGCUCUACACCAAGGGCGCCGACACCGUCAUCCUGGAGAGGCUGCGGAGCCGAGGGCCCAAGGAGACCCUCACCGAGAGGGCUCUGGACCGCUUUGCAGAGGAGACGCUGAGGACGCUGUGCGUGGCCAGCAGGGAGGUGAGCGAGGCCGAGUUCCGCGCCUGGAGCCGCAGGCACCGCGAGGCCGCGGUGCUGCUGCACGGCCGUGCCCAGGAGCUGGACAGGCUCUACGAGGAGAUGGAGCAGAACCUGCAGCUGCUCGGGGCCACAGCCAUCGAGGACAAGCUGCAAGAAGGAGUCCCCGAGACCAUCCAGCUGCUGAAACUGGGCAACAUCAAAGUGUGGGUGCUGACAGGAGACAAACAAGAGACCGCGAUGAACAUCGGCUACGCCUGCAGGCUGCUGACAGACGACAUGGAGAUCCUGGAGGAGAAGGAGGUCAGCGAGAUCCUCCAGGCUUACUGGGAGAGCAACAACAACCUCAGUGGCCGUGGGGAUGCCCCGUGCAGCCGCCGCCUCUCCCAGCAGCGCCCAGAGACUCCGUGCCACAAGAGAGCCAUCAUCAUCAGCGGGGACUUCCUGGACAACAUCCUGCGCACAGGAGAGGUGCUGAAGGAGAAGAAGGGGUGGCCGUGGCGGUGGCUGUGCUGUGGCAGGGCCGAGGCCGCACAGGACCAGGCAGGUCUGCUGGAGAAGGCCUUUGUGGACCUGGCCACCAGCUGCCAGGCCGUGAUCUGCUGCAGGGUGACCCCCAAGCAGAAAGCCCUGAUGGUGCAGCUGGUGAAGAAGCACAAGAAGGCUGUCACCUUGGCCAUCGGGGACGGGGCCAAUGAUGUCAACAUGAUCAAAACCGCGGACAUCGGGGUGGGCAUCAGCGGGCUGGAGGGGCUGCAGGCCGUGCAGUGCAGUGACUACGCCCUGGGCCAGUUCUCCUUCCUGCAGCGCCUGCUGCUGGUGCACGGCCGCUGGAACUACCUGCGCAUCUGCAAGUUCCUCCGCUGCUUCUUCUACAAGACCUUCGCCGGCCUCCUGGCCCAGGUGUGGUUCGCUUUCCACAGCGGAUUCACGGCCCAGCCUCUGUAUGAGGGCUGGUUCCUUGCACUCUACAAUAUUUUCUACACUGCCUACCCCGUGCUGUCCGUGGGCCUUUUCGAGCAGCAGGAUGUGAGUGCCAAGAAGAGCCUGGAGUUCCCUGAGCUCUACGUGGUCGGGCAGCAGGACGAGCUCUUCAAUUACCGUGUUUUUGGUGUCACCCUCCUGCACGGGGUGGGCACCUCCCUCAUCAGCUUCUACAUCACGCUCUGGGCCUUUGAGGACCACGUUGGCACCAAGGUGGUGGGUGACUAUGAGUCCUUCUCUGUCACAGUGGCCCUGUCAGCGUUGCUGUCGGUCCUCGUGGAGAUUGUCCUGGACACUCAGUACUGGACAGUGCUGUCCUUCCUGAUGGUCACAGCCAGCCUGCUCCUCUUCUGCCUCUUCUCCUUCCUGACCCAAACUGUUGAUGCCUACAGGAUAGCCCCUGCCAUCUUCCGCUUCCCAGAUGCCAGCUGGAAUGCCCUGACUGACCCCUAUGUCCUGCUCGUGGUCCUGCUGUCCCUGGUGGUCAACACCCUGCCCUCGCUCACCGCCCACGCCGUCCGUGCCAUCCUGGGCAGAGCCACCACCCAGCAGAAGCUCCUCCUGCAGGCCAGGCGGGACGCGGAGCCCGCGGUGCAGCUGCGCUCGCACGUCCCCCGCGGCUCCCUGCGCCGCUCCAGCUACGCCUUCUCCCACCAGGAGGGCUACGCCGGCCUCAUCACCCGCGGGGACAGUCUGCGUGCCAGGGCCACCCACGGCACUGCCCCGCCUGCCCUGCGCCCCCAGGGCACCCCGGCUGUGCCCUCCUGCCAGGGGCCACCCUGAGUCCUGUCUGGUGGCCUUGCAGAGGGGCUGGCCCAGCCGGGGGGGCUCCUGCUGCGGGCUCCGUGACCCCCACGCUGGGGGCACGUGGCUUUGCAGAGCUGUGCGGCUGUGACAGCCACUGCCCGCUGCCACCAGGCUCCCUGACCAGUGCCACCAGGGUCACUGACCAGUGCCACCAUGCUCCCUGAGCAGUGCCACCAGGCUCCCUGACCUCUGCCACCACCUGCCUGCUGCCACCAGGCUCCCUGACCAGUGCCACCAUGCUCCCUGACCACUGCCACCAGGGUCACUGACCAGUGCCACCAGGCUCCCUGAGUGCUGCCACCAGGCUCCCUGACCAGUGCCACCAGGAUCCCUGACCUCUGCCACCAGCUGCCUGCUGCCACCAGGCUCCCUGACCACUGUCACCAGGAUCCCUGACCAGUGCCACAACACUCCCUGCCCGCUGCCACCAGGCUCGCCCUCUCCCUGUGACCCCUGCCUGGCAGCCCACCCCCUUUGCUCUGCCGAGCCCUCGGAGCCUCUGGUGUGAGGCUGAUCCCAGCCCAGGCUGAGCCCACAAAGGCAGUGCUGCCGGCCCGGAGCUCAUUAACCCAGCUCGGGAUUAAUUAACUGCCCGAUGGAGAGCAGCAGGGGGCUGGGGGUGCAGCCCCUCAGCCCUGCUCCUUCCCACCCACAGGGCACUGAGCUGCAGUGGCUGCAGGAAGAACCUUGUUUGUGUUCUCCACCAAGGGCUGCUCAGUCCUGUGGCUUUUCUGUCAGGCCACAGAAUCCUGGAGUGCUUUGGGUGGUGUUGGAUUAUGGUUUGGUUUUUUUUUUUUUGGUUUUUUUUUUUUUUUUUUUAAUUUAGAGAUGGGGUAACUGAGAGAUGUUUUAAAAACUUUUAUUCUAUUUUUAGUCUCAUGAGAAAAGAGACAAUACAGAUGUUAUAAUUUAUGCUAUCACAAUCAGAAGAUGACUAUUUCUUAAUUACAACAUAUUAUAAGCAUUUUUUUUGCAACACUGUGUUGUAAAUGUUUUCAAGCCAAUAAUCUAAAUUACUCCUUGUGGUUUUAUUACAAUGCAACUUUCAUUGUUCUAUUUCUUUAAAGUAUCUCGUCUUAUUUGUAAGGCCAUCCUUUGAAACUUGUUUCUAGUUCUGUUUUUCUCUUAACAAUGUCUGUCCUAUUCCAUGACAUUUCUAAGUCAGCAUUUCUUAUCUCAAGGUUUGCAUACAGGUGCACACUAUUUUCUACACAUUUAUUUCCCACUGUGGGACCUUAAAGCUCAUCUCAUGCCACCCUGUGCCACGGGCAGGGUCACUUCCACCAGCCCAGGUGCCUCAGACUCGAGCAGUGUCACUUUAAAAUAUCUCCUAAUUUCUGGAGAGGCAGCCAGGUAUGAUUGACUGAUUGAUUGAUUGAUUGAUUGGUUUUUCUUCUCCAGCCAGACCAGCCUGGCUCCUGCAGCCUCCUUGUCACUCCCCAGCACUCCCAGCUCCUGCCUUUGCUGUCCCUGCGCUGGGGCAGUGCCCUCUGUGUGCCCUGCCCCAUCCCCACACACUCCCCCAGGUCUGGUGUCCCCACCUCUGGGCACAGCUUUUGCUCACAAACUCUGCAGAGUCCCAAAAAGCCCUUCUGGGGGACGUGGAGAAGCUCUGCCUGCUGGGCACAGGGGACAGGUCCCACAGAGCCAGGGCCACCAGCAGUGGCUGCUGAAGAAGUUGUGUGUGAACAAUGGACUGGUGACCUCGUCACCCUUUUUAUGGGUUUUGGUUUUUCAUUAAAAGGGCUUUUUAGCUUUUCUCUCCUCUCCUGGAAAUCUCUGCUGUGCCACAGAGCAGCACUGAAAGGUCCCGUGGUCCCUCUCUCUGUGCCAGCCGUGCUCAUGCCAUGGCAAAGGCACAGGAGGAGAAGAAAUUUGGGGAAAAGAUGCACAAUUAAAUCAUCCACGGGGCUUGGCCCUGCCUGCAGCUCACGGAGUCCAUGGGUUUGUUUUACAAGUGCUUUGGCCUCAUCUGCACCAGGUUUGUGAGAAUUAAAGUGUUUCCCUUGGGUUCUGGCCAGAAGGGAUUGGAUGGUGCCAAGAAAUAAAAAUCUUUCCUCUGGAAAAGCUCUCACUGCUGCAAGUGCCAGGUGGAAAAGAGGGGGAGAAACUUCCCCAGUGUCCUGGGCAGGAUCCCUGAACCUCCCAGGCCAGGAGUGAGGUGGUGAAAGGGGCAGGGGAGGGAAGUGACCCCCUCACCACCACAGGACACCACACACGCCAGGGUGAAUGACUAGAAAAUAAUUUAUUGAAGAAACAGAAAGCUGCAGAAAUACAACACAGUCAUGACCAGUAGAGGAUGAACAAAUAGAGAUUAAUUUUUUUCUCUCUUUUAAAACCUGUUGACAGGCUGGAGUUAAGUUUCCUGAUAACUUCCCCUGCGUGAGUCAUUGCAAAGAACAAGGAACAAACUCCAGAGCACACAGCACAGUUUGGAUAAAGUGCCUGACACAUAAGACUCUUUUUUAUUUUAUUUUUUUUCUUUUUUAACGUUUGUAAAUAGCUUAAACAAAUAUAGUUGCAAGACACAGAGGAGUAACAAUUGCAUUUCGCUGUAGAACAAAACUUAUCCCAUGAGAGUAACAAUGAAGCAGCAGCAAAAAAAAAUUAAGUUAAUUUAAUUAGAACGAAAAAGUCAUUUAAAAACUCAGAGAUGUGGCCCUCAGACUGCAUGGGACCAGGACGAGCCUCACCUAUUGCUAUACACAAAAAUGAGCAAUGUUUUCUGGAGGAGGCUGGGCUGGCAGAGCCGAGGCUGUGGGUUCUCCCUGGCCAGGCUGCAUUCUGUCUGACUCCUUUGUUUCCUUUAGAAAUCAAAGGGGAAAAAUACAAAGAAACCAAACCAAC